CAGGUCAAAGCUCAAGGCUUGACCUCAGAGACGGCCGCACUCCUACUCCUCACAUACUAGGUACUUCACCUCUGUACGUCGCUUAAAAAAAAGAAAAAAUACGCCACCCCAUUCCGCCUCAGUGAUACCGCAAUCAUGGCCGACGAUGCCCAGUUCACCGAGCGCAAGAAGCGCAAGUCCGUCUCCUUUGCCGACGGCGCCCAGAUCGUCGACAGCGACGGCCAGGUCAAGGAUGUCAACAGCUCUAUCGGCGAGAAGGCCACGGCCGAGAGCCACGCCAACGAGAGCGACAAAGCCGUCGACGAGGUAACGGACAUGUUCAGCAACCUGGCCAAGAAGAAGAAGAAGAAGUCCUCGUCGAAAACCAAGGAGGGUGGCGACGACGAGGCACCCGCCGCCGAGGGCGAGUUCGACCCGUCGGCGCUCAAGAAAAAGAAGAAGAAGAAGAGCAAGCCCGCCGACGCCGACGACUUCGAGGCCAAGCUGGCCGAGGCCGGCGCGGGCGACAAGGAGGAGGAAGAGGCGCCGGCCAAGGAGGAGGAGCAGGCGCAGGAGGGCGACAUGGAGAAGGGGACGGGCAUCUGGGCGCACGAACAGACGACGCCGAUCAACUACACACUGCUGCUCGGUCGCUUCUUCGCGAUGCUGCACUCGCACCAUCCGGACCUGGCCUCGACGGGCGCCAAGAGCUACAAGAUCCCACCGCCGCAGUGCCUGCGCGAAGGCAGCAAGAAGACCGUCUUUGCCAACAUUGCCGAGAUCUGCAAGCGCAUCAAGCGCACCGACGAGCACGUCACGCAGUUCCUGUUCACUGAGCUGGGCACCAACGGCUCCUUUGACGGCAGCAGGCGCCUAAUCAUCAAGGGCCGUUUCCAGCAAAAGCAGAUCGAGAACGUGCUCAGGAGAUAUAUCGUCGAAUACGUCACCUGCAAGACAUGCCGAUCGCCCGACACGGAGCUCAACAAGGGCGAGAACCGCCUCUACUUCGUGACGUGCAACUCGUGCGGCUCGAGGCGGUCGGUCGCGGCCAUCAAGACGGGUUUCUCGGCCCAGGUGGGCCGGAGAAGGAGACAGCAGGGUUAGGUCACCUAGACCUAGACCUAGACCUAAACACAUGGCCUUUUUGGGGGGGUUUGGUGUUGUGUUUUGUUUGUUUGUUUGUUUGUUUCUUUCUUUCUUCACGUUCGGGCGCGGGUUCAUGGCGUGCGUGCUGCUUGCUCUGUUCGGCGCUAUAGGUGGUUAUCGACUUCAUGGCUGGCGGUGCGCGGGAGACGUUUGAAUCGCUUUUUAUGCCUGCUCGCCGUUGUAGUGUAUGUACGCGGUGUGUUAGAUGGUGAUGAUGAUGAUGAUGAUGGGAGAAGAACGUCGCUAGGUGGCUGUCUUCGACUGGGAUGAUACGUACCUAUUGGACAUAUGGAGC